AUGGCUAACAGUGUGACCGUCAACAAAAAGACUACGAAGCAUACCUUCUCUUGCAGUUUCUACCGUGAGGAUAUAACACCUUUGGUUCGAUUGAGCACCCGAGUUACUGGGCAAAAUUUGGAUGAAUUCAGAAAGACUUAUGGCCACAUUCUGCUUCAGUUUUAUGAUUCUGAGCUGCGCUGCUUUACCUUUCAAGAUUACCAACUAGCCCCUACCCUCGAAGAGUAUGCACACAUUCUUCAAAUCAAAGUUCAACAUAAGGUUCCUUUUGUGUGUGCACCUGAGAAGCCCAAAAUGGAUCGCAUUGCUGAUGCUCUUUAUUUGAGCAUGAAAGACGUUAAGGAUAACUGGAAGCCUAAUGGUGGGACCCAUGGAUUCUAUGUGAAAUUUCUGAUGAGGGAAGCUGAAGCCCUUGCUGAUAAGGAAAAGUGGAAAGAAUUCAAUGCUCUCCUGGCUGUCAUGAUCUAUGGAUUAGUGAUGUUCCCGAAUAUCCCAAAUUUUGUUGAUCUCACUGUCAUUUGUCUCUUCAUGGAUCAAAACCCUGUACCCACUCUGUUGGCCGACACUUAUUAUGCCAUCCAUUCUAGGUAUGGGAAAAAAGGAUCAGUUAGGGGUUGUUUACCAAUACUGUACGAAUGGUUUUCUUCACAUUUGCCUAAAAGCGGAGCAUUUGUCACUACAAGAGAUUCACAGAAGUGGCCCCAAAGGAUUAUGGGACUUACUGCAAAUGAUAUUGUUUGGUAUCACCUCCGAACAGACAUCGAGCAAGUUAUAACCAGAUGUGGCAGUUUUGGCAAUGUUCUUCUCAUAGGGACAAAAGGAGUUAUCAACUAUAAUCCGAAGCUAGCACUGCGCCAGUUGGGUUUUAUACUGAAGGACAAGCCUUUGGAUAAAGAGAUAUUCGAGUCCGUUUGCUUUGAAAAAGGAACCGAUCCAGAAGGUUUGGAGAAAGUAAGGAGUGCGUGGAACAAAAUUCAUACAGAAGACCGAACUACCUUGGGGGGAAAGAAUGCUAUUGCCAAGAAAGCUUAUACUGAAUGGGUUGAAGAAAGAAUUAAGGAGUGCCUGCUGCCUUUCCCGAAGGUUAGCCCUCUAUAUGAACAACCACCUAAGAUUUUAACUGCCACUGUACCAGCUGAGGAGUACAACCAAGUACAUGUGGAGAAUAUCAGAGUUCAAAAAAGGGCUAGAACUGAAAAGGGUGAAAGAGCUACCACUGUUCGUAUUGAGGACCAUCAAAGGGUUAUAGAAGAAGUGGUGAAGAAAGCAGAAGAAAAACUCAAGCGAGAGUACAGAGAAGAUUUAAGGGCUCACAAGCUCAGAGUAAAGAAAGAGGCUAGGGCCGAAGUAAAGAGUUUGAAAAAGAAGCUUGGAGAGGAAACCACUCAGAGGGUAGCAAUCGAGAAGAAGCUUGAAAAGGAAAUUACUCAAAGGAUAGCCGUGGAGACACAACUUAAAGGUAGUCAUCUCUGUUCCGCUCGACUAACAGAAGAGAAUGCAAAGCUCAGAAACCAGAUGGCAGAAAUGGAAAGUACAUCUGAAAAGAAUACCCUCCCUGAUUGCAAAGGAUGUGAGAGCUUGGUGGCCCACUGUGAUAUGUUAGAUGGGCAGUUGUUUCGCAAAGAUGUGGUGAUUCAAAGUUUUGUCAAAGGAAGAGAUCGAGAAGUGACCAAGAAAAUGUUUGAUGAAACUAAGAAGUGGAGCGACGAGCACUUUAAACAAGGAGGACCUUUGUUUUACACCAAGAUGGAUUAG